AUGGAAGGCCUAGACAAGGCCGAGCUCGUAGGAAGGAUAAGGUAUGGAAGGCCUGGACAAGGCCGAGCUCGAGCUCGUAGGAAGGAUAAGGAAGGCCCUCCCCCGAGUCAAGGCCGAGCUCGUAGGAAGGAUAAGAAACGGCUUUUUUCAAGGAUUUUGUCACGUAGUCAGUCUACAGCCAGAAAAGUGGAGCUGACGGCAAAUUUAGAAGAAAACUCGGCUGCCCUCAUGACGUCCGACCGGGGUACCAGUGGGGGCGCUGAGUUGACGUUGACAACACCGGUCACACCAAAGACAGCUGCUGGUCUAAAUCCAAAUGCUACAGUCUUCUCACUCAGCAGUAAAACCAGCACAUCCAACCCUUUGCCGGACGCAUCAGCUUGGGAUGGAAUCAAUGCAAAUGAUGAGUACCAGCAUGCCAAUGGUGACUUAGGAAAAGGAGAGCUGGGAGGGGCUGAUACUCCAGCAGAGUCCCCCCUCUCCAGUGAGGUCUCCUCCGGUUACAUUGACAACCAGGUUCCCAUCGUCACAGCUUUCUCUACAGAGAACAGCAUCACUGAUGUGGAAGACAACAUUGCCAAUGCUAGCAAUGUGACAGAGGACCAGCUGCGACAGAUGCUGAAAGAACAGCUAGAGAACUGUUUCUCUAGAGAAAGUCUGGCUAGUGACCGUUACCUUCAGUCUCAGAUGGACGCUGACCAGUAUGUUCCCAUAGCAACUGUUGCCAACCUCCAGCAAAUUCAGCAGCUCACAAAUGACCUUGAUCUUAUUACAGAAUUACUAAAAGAGCUACCAAAUGUUCAAGUACUUGAGGUAGAUGGAAAGUGUGAAAAGGUUCGUCCGAACCAUAAUCGCUGUAUAGUGAUACUCCGUGAGAUUCCUGAGUCUACACCUUUAGAGGAUGUGAAAAACUUGUUCAACGGGGAGAAUUGUCCAAGGUUUGUGAGCUGUGAGUUUGCAGCCAAUGAUAGCUGGUAUGUGACGUUUGACUCCGAUGCAAGUGCCCAGCAGGCGUACCAGUACCUACGAGAGGAACAGUGCACCUUCCUCAAUAAACCUAUACUGGCCAGAAUCAAAGCUAAGCCACUGAUACGGAUGACGUAUCCACGUAAUGGAUACAGACCCCAGUAUCACCAGCAACAGCAGGCCGUACAACAACAACAGCAACAACAGCAGCAACAAACAGGGGUAGUGACCUCCCCUCCGGCUGUUCCUGUCUCACAGGCAGAUCAGGCUGCUCAGCAACAGUCACAACAACAAACACAACAACAGACCCAGUACCAGGUGCAGCAACAGGUGUCCAUAAUGACACCAUACAUCAAUGGUCAGCAAACUCUUCCAUUUUUCCCCAACGCUGCCCUGCUGCCAUCAUGGCAUACAAAUGUAACUAGUCCGACUCUACUGGAUCCCAGUAUGGUGUUGGCUAUCAAUGGAUACCAGGCCACAAGUGUAGCUAAGCUGAACUCAGGGCCGUCACGACACCAGUACAACAAUGUCAACAGAAACAGUAGAAACCAGCGACCUGUUCGUCUUAACCAAGAGCACCGUAUGCAUUCAGAUAACCGUCCGAAUCAGGACCGCCAACAGGGACCUUCAGGAGGAUCAAUGGAUCGCCGUGGUGACAACACAGGAGGCGGGAGUGGUGGUGGUGGUAGUCACCGCACAAGUCCCCGCAAUUCUGACAAUUCACAGAUAUCGGGGCAUCAUUCCCCAUUUCAACGUGAAGGGCGUAGGGGAGAUAACUCUAAUAUGAACCACUCUCAUAUGGUGCAUUCAACAGUUCAGCAACAAACACAACAACCUGUUACGGACAAUAAUUCCAAUAUCACAGUCAAUAGUAGACAAUCGGAUAAUUUAUCACAACGGAUGACCCGGAGCUAUAGAAGUCGCAGGCGAAGAGAUGACGAUGGUGCUAGAAGUAUGCGACCUGGUUCUUCCCAGGCCAUCACCAAAGAUAAUAAGUUACCUAGUGAACUGCAGUUUGACUUAGAAAUCAACUCGUUCCCACCUUUACCAGGACCGGGAGCUUCGAAUUCUUCUGCUGCUGGUGAUGUCUUUGAGAGCAAAUUGUCCGAUGUUGUCAAGGGAACGGCUAAGCCCCAGGUGCGGGAGUCAAAGGCGUCCCCACCCCCUGUACCUCCCCCUCCACCUCCCCCAUCAGCCUCCAUAUCGUCUCCGCCGGUGGCGACGGUGACACCACAGAUACCAGUAGCUGUGACAGCGACGACAUCAGUGCCUGCCACCACCCGACCCUCAAGUCCGCCAAAGUCCCGGGAGUCUACCACAACGACAACGGUGACGACAAAUGGCUCCAGCGGAAACGCAUCAACAGUGCCAUCUAGUGGUAAUGCCAGCUGUACAGCUGUGGCUACCCCAGUGACGCGAGUGCCAUCACCACCAGUAAUACCACAAAAGUCUGUCAAGACAGUGAGCAUGCCAGAGAGUCAGCCAAAAUCUGCAGAAAGCCAUGUGUCUCAGCGAACAGUAAGCAGUGCUCCCAAGACUCAGGAAAAGCCAGUUCCAGUUCAGCAACAGGCCCAAGUCAAACUUACAUAUGCUCAAAUGUUGGCGAAAGGCCGAGAAGCAGAAGCUGCUGCCGCUGCUGCUGCAGCUGCAGCUGCCGAGGGCAACAGUAAACAAAGGAGCAGUGAUGAGUCAGGAGAAGAGGAUUCUAAGUCCGCUACUAGUGUACGUGCCAGUCAAACAUUAAAAGAGCAAUCUCAGACAAUUAAAACGACUACUGCCAAUUCUAGACCCCCGGUCAAAGAUCAGGGGCGCAGAGACUUUGAACCUAAAGACCAGAGAUAUGGAGGUGGCCGCCGUGCUAAAGAGAAUAGAGAACGUAGGGACAGGAGACGGAGUGAACGAGAUGGAUCCCGGUCAUCAACAAAAUAAACAAUGUCCCAGAAUGCUUCAGGAUGAUACAUCAGCAAUACAAUAUGGACUUGGACAAAUUGUUGGAAAAGUUCAAAUGAUGUAUGUUGGAAUAUUGGCUUGUAUGUAUAGGACUCUAUAUCCCUUGCACAAGCUAAGGUGAAUUUUUACAUCAUGGUUAUUGGCUGUAUGUGGAGGACUUUGUGUCUUUGAGGCAUAUUUGUUCAACAUUGAAAGUUGAAUUGUUGACUGAAAUUUCUGUUAUUGAGAAUAACACAACAGGUUGACAAUUUAAAAUUUCAAAGUGUUGAAGUAUGAAGAUAUGCAAAUAUAGCAGUUAAUGGCAGUACCACAAUAUUGCUGGUUUUAUGGAAAGAUACAAGACUUGAUACAGAAAUUCUAUUCAGUAGAAACGUUCUUUACAAUGAUAUGUGCAAGUCAAAUUUUGAAAGAAACACAGCCAAUUAGAAUUGUGAUAUAGGAUGUUACAGAUUGCUUGCAGUACUGAUGGCACCAGCUCUCUUCUUCCACCUACAGAACAUUGAGGAAGCAGGGAUCACUAGAUAUACUUGUCAGAAUGAUGAGAUGUCUCAAGAGUUUGCCUAUCUACAUUGUUUGUGUAGUUUCCGAAACACACAUCCUGCUGUUUGGUCACACUUUAUGGUGGGAAUGAAUGUAGGACACGGUUCAGAUGUUUCCAUGUAUAAGCAUUUUGUUAUAGAGUUUGUAGUUUGCUCUAAUGUGCAAUUGGUAGCCAGAUAAAUGUGUUGAUUGGUUGAAAAUAGUAUUGAAAACAUAAUUUUUGGGAGAUAUUACAUAUUGUUAGAGGUUUGCCCCUGUAACUUAGUUGGACGCUGUUGAUCUCUGUGGCGUACACAUUUGUUGAUUAUGGCAAAGAUGUUUCUAGUAAUGGCUGCCAUCAAGUGGCAGGCUUUGAUAGUUUAUCAGCGAUAUUAACCAGCACUGUAUUGGUGCAUGUCAGUCACUUCACUGUUUUUCUACCUCUGUAUCUCCCUAUUCUGUUCUUUCUAUCCAUUAUCACUGCUGAGCUGCACUUGUGGGACAGUUUGACUAGUUAACACAGAAAUACAGUUUGAGCUUGUCAAAUUUUUAAAAUGUUUUAUUUGAAUUGUUGAUUUCACUAUACUGGUUUGGUUUUGAUUAAGAAUCACCACUUUCAGCCUGUAUUUCUGGCCACCUGGUUCAAGAGUGGCUGUGUCUUUAAGACUAAUUGAACAGGUUUUGUUGAAACUCUUUGUGAUGUGCAAAUUUGUCAAAAGCUUAAAUGUGGGAUUUUCUAUUGUAAAAUUUCCUGAACAUUAUACCUCCUCAACAUCGCAAGGCUACAUAAUGUGUGACAGCCCUGUAACAGCUAUAUAACGAUGUAUACACAGAGAAACUCUCUAGUUCUAACAAUAUCAGCCACUGUAUCAACUUGUACUUAUUUUGAAGUUAAUAAUGUAUUCUUUGUCAUUCAAUGUCUGGAGAUAUAGGCUUUUUCAUUAUACACACGUCGUUCUAUAUCAAAUGUUUAACACGAGUUCGUAUCCAAUCGUAAUUCUUCUUGAUUAUCUCAAAACAGACCAGAUGACGUCAUUUUAUCUUCUGACCUGCUUUGGGUAUUUCCUUUGAGAAGAUACAUAAGGUGUCCAAGAUCUGUAACAUUGGCCCAAAUAGUUGUCAUCAACCACGACAGGUGUGUUACUAGGUGCUGAUAUUGCAAGAACAAGACUGCUUUUAUCUUGAAUUGGUGCCUGCCUGCAUUUAAUUCAUUUAGUUAAUUAUAUUUCCUAACCCUUGUUGUGGGUAAACUGUACAGAGCUAUGUGGAGGCGAAAACCUCUUUAAACACAUAUGAUAAUCAAGUGUCUGUACAUAUAUAGGACGAGUAGAAAAUCUAAUCAGUAUUCAACACUAUUUAACUUAGUGCAUCCAUUUUUAAAAAUGUUACUUGUUUUUUUUAUGUCUGUUUUGUUAUUGGAAGUUGGAAUUAAACCAGAAGUGUUAUUUUUAGGGGACAGACUUCUGACAGGAAAUUGGGGUCUACUUAUUUAUGAAAGACUCGUAAUAUACAGGUAUAAAAUCUAGAUUUCUCCUCUCAGGAUGUAAGGCUGCAUUAAACAACUUUUUCUAGUUAUUUUUCAUUUUAAUGACAAUCUUGAAGCUCAAAAAUCAUUAAUUUUUUAUUUUGAGUUGAUAGACUAACACAUUCUUGUUUCCUGUUGCCUAGAUGAUGUAACCAUAAAAAAUCAAACUGGAAGUAUGUCCAUCGAGACACAUAGUCAAAAAUCAGUUACUCUUUAGAGCAAGGAAUCAGAUUUUUUUCUCUCUCUGGUAAUGACAUACUAGGAAGAAUAUGGGCAUUUCAAAAAUAGAGAUACUUUUAAUACAAGUGAACCUUGAGACAAAUCUGCUUUUGAGAUAAGCAUCAGGCAGUGCUAUUAAGGAUUUCUGUAAACAGCUUCCUCAAGCAUAAGAAUAAACAACCAGUGAUAUUAGCACCAUACUAUGUGACAUUUUAUAAACAUAAUUUGAUUAUAAAGUUAAGAUAUCAAAAUAGUGUAUCAACAUUUGUUUUAAUCCCUUUUGUGGAGUGAUAACUAAUAAUUUGAUUGUAGAAUGCUGUAAUAUGAAAGAUAUGUAUUACACAGAAUAGGUUUUAUAUUUUUAAUUUGGAUUAAACCAUUUAAAUAAUGCCAUAACCAAUGAAAUGUGUUUUUGUGAAGAUAAUAUUUAAGACACCGUUAUUGUGUACAGCAGGUUACUUUCCCCCCCACCCCCUCCCCCUUUACCCCCAUUUUUCCAUAUUUGGCAACCAGACAAUUGAAUUUUCUGAUACUAUUGGAGUUGUGAAAUAACCAUUGAGUAGGUAGUGUGUAAGUAAAUUUGUUUACUAUGAUAUAUAUAUAUGUUUUGCUGCUAUGAGUCUGACCUAGUAUAUGAUCCUAUAUUGUGCUACAGGAAUGAAGUAUGUAUGUAUGCUUGUUGCUUUCAGAUGUGCUUUUCAAGAGUGGUGAAAGAAUUUUUUGCAUUUGGAGAAGAUAUGUAGGUGUUGAUGAAAUAUAUGAAGGAUGCGAGUCUGAAUUCUGACUUAUUUUAAAUGAGUUAUAGAGAAGUUUAAGGUCUACAUGUGGUCAUGUACAUGUUACAUUAGGUCAAAUCUUCUAGCAUACUUUUGAAGUUGUUACAAUUAUAAAACAAGAAAAUGUUUAUACAUCAACAAGAGAUGUGUAGAAAGGUUGAGAAUUUACUCCUAUAAAUAGAUUAAGCCAUUGAAGUCCGUCUCCACCCCUAAAAUAGACAGACAAAACACACCUGUAUUGUCAUAGGAUUUGUAGAGGUAAAAUCAUUACUCUCUAAAAUAAAAAGAAUCCAGAGUAUGGAUAGAGAACAUGUAAUUGUCUCCAGAAAUAGAGUAAAGUUGAUACACUCAAAAGUUUAAUGGAGAGAGCAAUGUAUAAAGGGAGAUAAUUCAUGUCAGAUUGAUAUUUCAAGCCAAGGUAUUGACAUUGUUGUAGAUACGGCCAAUUUCAAAAGCAGUGGUGCCACUUGCGUUGAAAUUGAGAAUAUUAUUCCUAGCUAUCUUUGGUCAAAGUGUCGGAGAUCUAUGUUGCAGUGUUUGUACAUGUUGUUUAUCUUGAUCCUCUUUACAGCUCAUAACAGGUUCAGCUUAAUGCUUGUAUGGUAUGGUGAUCCCAGUUAACAUUGUUGAAUGUAGUUUUUUUUUUUUUUUUUUACUUUUUAAUACUAUAUGAUAAAUUGUGAAUUAUUAUAAAUCAUUAUUAUACUUAUGAUUGUUUUGGUUCAUUACUUAGAAAAGUCAUUUUGUUUUAGGUUUGGGCUUUUUUAGUGUUUGAAUGAUUGUAUAUGUGUGAUAUAUAUAUUUAUAUAUAUUAGGAAUGUAACUGUUGAACUUGCAAUGCCCUCAAGUUACUGUCACUCAAUGACGGGCUAGGUAUUGACAAGGAUCAACUGCUGCAGUGAAUAAGGACCUUUUGCUGGUGUCCUUUCAAUACUGCAAGUUUCAAUAGAAUCUUCGCGGGAUUCUUUAAAUGUUUUUGCCAAAUAUUUUGGCUUUUUAAACAAGAGUUUCAACAGUAUAAUAUAAAUACAUGGGUUAGUUUUCUCUGAACAGUCUCAAUCAUGAUCGCUGUGGAUAUUUAGAAGAAUCGGGUAAAAUCAAUUUGAAAUUGGUUAUAAAUUAGUCAGGAAUUAUGUCUUACCUCAGAUUCAAGUCCAUCAUCUGGUAGAGAAGAAUAAGUAAGAGAGAAAAAAAGAAAUUAUGCUGAAACAUCACUUCAGUUUUAAAAGUACCUCUGUAAAUGAGAAGAAAACUGUAUAUUGGACUCCAUUUUAUAAAGUCUGUAACUUCGUAUUUGCUAAAGUUUCUCAGAUUUUUAGUCACUUAAAUUGGAUCUGUCGAAUCAGAAAAUAUACGUAGAAAAUGAUUAUUAAAGUGCUUACAAAAUUUCUCUUUUGAGUUUUGGUCAGAUAAGUGGAGCCUCAGGCCUGUCUAAUUGGGUGUCAGCGACUUGAGGGACGGAUCAGAAUACAGUCCAAGUGUAUGUGAAGAAAUAGAGAAUUAUUAUGAACUUCAUCUUACUAAAUGUGGACUAAUAUCCAGCCAAAUCUUGUUUUCAACAUUCACAUAAUAAAUCCCUUUUAAGACAAUUUUAAAAAAAGAUUGUAUUUUUGUGAAUGUGAAAUAUAAAAAUGUGUUCAUUAAAGAAACAUGUCACUAUAUUCUGUCAACAUUUAUUCUUAAAAUGAUAUUGUUUUGCAUCUUAAUUUAUUGCUCAGAAGAAUAUAGUGCUAUGCUGUUUGAGAGGAGAAUGAAAUAUCUGAAUAAUAAGAAGAAAUUGGUAUAAUUCCUUGACUUUAAUAGCCACUGACAUGUCUGCUUUUGUUAUUAACAGAUUUUCUUCUUCAAUGCAUCCAAUCAUCCGCUAACUAUAUGGAUCAUAUGAGCUUGAUUUCUAAUAACUUUGUAACCCAAUUUUGUGUGUGGAUGAAUAUGAAUGUGGAAUUGAAGUUUGCUCGUAAAAGAAAUUAUGACACCUGAUUAUUAGAACGGAUGAUGUAAGAUUCAAUUUUUUAAACAAUUUUACCAGUCGCAGUUACUUGUAUAUGAAUAUGUACAAGCAAUUGCUGAUUGUUAAAUUGUCCAAAAUUUAACUAAAUAUGUGCUAAGAUUAAACUGCUAAUUCACUUUCAGAUUAUUUGUAGGAAAUAAAAAUCUAUGUAAAAAUCAUCCACAAAUAUUACCAGGUAUUAGCCCCAUCGUAAUGUUAUAAGUCGGAGCAUUAGGAUCUUUUCAGACAUUUAAAAGUCAACCAAAAUUUCACAGGAAUGUAUGUAUUGAAGUGAGACUUUUCACAUUGUAGUAUACAUGUUGUGUGUUAUAAUUGUUGAGUGUGAUUCGUACAUGUAAAAUUUGGAUAUGUGAAAAUCAGCUGUCUCCGGGAGAUCAAUGAGGAUUUUUUUUCUUUUGUCUAUUUAAUAAAUAGCCUACUUGUAUAUAGAUAAGUCAAUGAGAUGUGUAAAAUAAGGAAUUGUAUCAGAUAUUUUUGUGAAUCACUUAGCUGGGUAUAGAAAACUAUCUUGUGGUAAUGUUAUUGAGCUGCAAUUUUCAUUAAUGUCCUUGGUUUGUAAAUAAUUUUUCCUUUCUUGUUGAUAUAGUUUGUUAAAAUAAGGAUAUUGUCAUGGCGAUGAUAACAUUGUUUUCCCUGGGUGAUUCCUUAGCAACAUUCUCAUGGUCGCUGCCAUUUUCUCUUUUUUUAAAAAACAGUCUUUUGUUUUGAAAAUUUAGCAUUUUUAGCACCAAUACUUUCAUUCGAAAGAUUACACACAGUUCAUAGAUGAUGCUAUUUUGGUAAAAAGAAAAAAGAAAGGCUUACAACUGAUAGAAAAUCAAUCUUGCAUAUAAUAUACAUUCAUUUCAAGUUCUGAAUGUAAAAUUCAAAAAUUAAAUUUUGUUAAAUAAUGAAGCUGCUUCAGUGAUUUUUUAUCAACAAUCAUAUGUCAGUGUUAAAUUGAAAAUUUGGAAUUCCAAUGAUCUGUUAGAUAAAAAUAAAAUUUUCUGUUUGUUUCAAUAUUUGUAAAUUGAGCAAUCUGUAUAUUUCAAACUUUAAUACAUUAAGUUAUAGUAUUAGCCCUAACUACACUUUGCUUCACCACUGUUCUUUGAAGUAUUUUCCAGGGUAUAGGUGCUUGCUCUGUAUGGUAAAAGUGAUCAGUUCAUUCAUAAUAAGGCUGUCUGGAAUGAUGGAAGUGUUAUUUUGUUGUUUUGCAAAAAAAUGAUCAGCAUUUGUCAUACUUCACUCCUUCAUCACAGUAAUAAGUAGGGAUGCACCUAUUAUGUAAAGCUUGAUGAUAUUUAGAAACAACUUGAGCUAUAUAUAUGCAGUAUUUUCAAACGGCUGAAAUCAGUUCAGCGCCAUGGGGAAGACGGCCCCUAUGAUUAGCCUAGUCAGUAGCAUUUAUAGGAUGGUGUUGUUUUAAAAGGAACACCCAAACAAAUACUACAAAAUUGUGUCGGUAAAAUCUAUCUCUUAUGUAUUGUAAGUUCUGGUCUUCUUUCCAUGACGAGGAUAAAGGAUGACAACAUCUUCCUUUUCAUGUGAUAGACAUUGAAUCCCUGCUACUAUGAAGUAUGCAUAAUUUUAGGAACUAUACAAUUAUGGUGUUCAAAUCUAUCAAAAAUUACCAGUUUUAUUCAAUAAAUUUAUAAAUAAAUUAUGUUCAGAAAAUUAUUUUAUGUAUGUGAUCAUUUAAAACAGUAUUCAAUUUGAUGGUAGUAGGAUUUUUUUUUUAAAUUUUACAUGCAAAAGCAAAACAAUUUGUUGGAUGUCUGUGCUGAUCCUGGUACCAAAAUAAAAAAUAAUGAGUUACUGGUUAAUAUUUAGAAAUGUAAUUGUAGAUUUUUGUAGAGGCUGUUUUCAUUCUCCAUAUAGAUUUGGAGAAUUCAUCUGUUUGUGUUAUACGACUGUGAAUUGAAGGCAGAAAUAUCCCUGAUUCAUUAUAAUGAAUGUAUGUGUGGUUUGUAAGAUUAUUUAUUUGUUAAAUCAUUAAAAUUCUGUGAUUGGUUGGCCCAUUUUAAACCUCAAUGCCUUUGAUAUGAUGAAGAUGAUUUUCUGCAUCAUUUACUGAAAUAUUGGUUUUCAGUUGUUCAACUAAUGAAAAGUUUUGUGAAAAAAGGUUCAAAAUUUGGAGAUAAACAUUAUCUGUAGUGAGGUGCACAAGUUUGGUUUGCUUAUCCAAGCAGUCACGCCUCACAUUCUGUAGUUUGCUGUAUAAUUCAUAAUGUGCUUCCAUUUUUUUUCUUUUCUUUUAAGUUUCACUGUAAACCAUUUUCAAGUAAGGUAAUGUUCAGAAUAAAAAUCGUUGAUAAGUUGAAUAAGAAAGGGGAAUAUCCCAGUGAUUACAAAAUUUGAUUAAAAUGAUUGUUUAUAAACCAUAUGCCCAUAAUUAUAGUUUGAGUACAUGAGAGUGUACUUGUCACAUUUCAUCGGGAUGGGUUUUUGUCAUUCAAGAUCUGUAGUUUUGUCCUGCCCAAUCGUCUCUUGAUAAGUUUGUCACAUGACUAGAUACAUAUUUCAGGAAAUGUCCCAGCUAUCAUUUCUUAACAGUGACCUUUUCGUCCAGGUAGUACAGGUAUAAAAACAAAUUAACCCUAUAAAUGUUCUUUUUUGUAUGUUAUUCUUUUUGAGCAAAAGGUUUUAGUAUACUUACAUGUAAAUAUAUGAAUAACUUCAAAGGAAAAAUUCUUAAAAUGCCUCUCCAUUUUUAUCCUUAUGAUUUCUAUGAAAUAAUAGAUAUUCUUGGAAGUGUUUGAAUGUAUGAAUAUAAUUCAUUGUUAAACAGUUUUUUUUCUGGUAUGUGAAAUUGUUCUCUCAGUGUUUACUCCCCUCUUUGUCUGUUUUGAAUUUUUAUGUCGGAUACAGCUCAGAAUAUAUGUACAUGUAUAUAUUAUACAUUAAAUAAUUUUGACAUUGGACAAAACCAUGCCUGUAUAAUCAUGAUAGCCCCGGCUUUUGAGAUGAUUCAGGGUAAAACUGCAUGUCUUCGUUCAUGUAUUUUUUUAUUGGGCAUACAUGUGAUUUGAUUAAAUUAUUGACAAUUUUUCGGGGGUUAAAAACAAGGACAUCCAAUAAAGAACAUCCUCAUCA